AUGGUCCAGCGUCACUUCCUGCCCGUCCUCUUGGCUUCCACCUUGCUCCCCGCGUGUGUGCGCGUUCUGUGCCGCCGCUUCCCGGAUACCUUUAAACCCGCUGUGUACCCACAAACACCCGCUUGCAGGCUACGGAAGAUGAAGGAAACAAUCAUGAAUCAAGAAAAGUUAGCCAAACUGCAAGCACAAGUGCGAAUUGGUGGAAAGGGGACGGCCCGCAGAAAGAAGAAGGUUGUCCACAGAACAGCUACUGCAGAUGAUAAGAAACUACAGUUCUCGUUGAAAAAGCUGGGUGUGAAUAACAUCUCUGGCAUAGAAGAGGUCAAUAUGUUUACAAACCAAGGGACGGUAAUACACUUUAACAAUCCCAAAGUUCAGGCUUCCUUGGCUGCCAACACCUUCACCAUUACAGGUCACGCUGAGACCAAACAGCUCACAGAGAUGUUGCCCAGUAUCUUGAACCAGCUUGGAGCAGACAGCCUCACCAGCCUGCGAAGACUUGCAGAGGCCCUGCCGAAACAAUCUGUAGAUGGUAAAGCACCGCUCGCCACCGGGGAGGAAGAAGAUGAUGAAGUUCCUGAACUGGUUGAGAACUUUGAUGAAGCCUCAAAGAAUGAAUCCGUCUAA